AGUGGCCAACGUAGGUUAACCCAUUUCCAUAUAGGCCAUGGGUUAAAGAAAGAGAACUCAGCCCCUUUCCUAUUCCAAAUCCCUCACGAACUCUGAUUUUACUUGGCAGUGAGUAUCACAGAAACGAGUGAGAGCUCAUAAACCCAUCAAAUCUAAACAACAUCGCAGAUUGAAUUGACUUGUAAACGAUUUACGAAGAAGAAGAACAAGCAAUGGGUUCUGAGAAUGAAGGAACCCCAGAUUCAGGACUUAACACUUCACCCUCUUCCUCUCAUUCCUGGAAAAACCGAAUCUUUAUUCCCACCCUCCUUGCAGGGGUUGCUGGUAUUGGAACUGGGUUAAUUUCAAAGCACAGAAAAAGUCUUGGUCUUGUUAAUGUGUGUGCAAGCUAUGCUGCUAAUUUCUCCAUCAUCACCGGUUGCUAUUGCGGGGCACGUGAAUUUGUGACUGCAACUAGAAAAACAGGACCUGAUGAUCUAUGGAACUCUGCAGUAGCAGGAUUUGGAACUGGAGCUCUUCUAGGGCGUCUGCAAGGUGGUCAGCUUGGUGCUGUUCGUUACUCUGUCAUCUUUGCUGUUGUGGGGACUACAGCUGAUUUUGCUAUUCUGAAGUUGAAGGAUGCUUUGAGUGAUCGCACUAAAACAAUACACAAAGACAUUGAGAAUUCAAAGAAGAAUGGAAAUUGGUUGAAAUUGCCAGAAUGGUUCCCAAUUCGGGUACUUGACGACGAAGCGCUUGCUGCAAAACGAGCUCAGGAAGAGCAGUUCCUUGCACAGAGGGCAAGGAUUCGUAACCUAAAGGAAGAAGACUCUUGAUAACAAUUCAUUUUUGUGGAUGUUUGCCCUGAUCUUGAAGGGAGGAAAACUUCCACCCUCUUAAACAUUUUGUAUACCCAAUUUUAUUUUAUUGAAUCAGUGAGUAAUACUGUACUUCUCAAGCUGAUGAGCAAUCAAUGGCUUCAGCAGAGAUUUUGGAAAUGUUGAGAUUGAAUUUUCAGUUCAAUGAUUUUUCCCUUCUAAGGGUAGACAAUAUCCAGUAACUACGCCAGGAAAAUCUAUAAAUAGUUGAAAUGAUUGUUUU